AUGCAGAAUGGCAAACGUGACUUUCAACCACCGCCGCGCACCAGCGGCUGGGAGGUGGAAGGCGACUUUGGUGAGUGGGUCCCCGUCGACCGAACCACAGAGGCGCUCCUGCGAGCAGCCCAGUCUAGGGGAGAGGCGGCGACGGAGGUUGCCUGCGGCGACCGGCGCUACAGCGUGAACUUCCGGAGUGCAGGUGAAGCGGAGCGCGUCAACCUGCAGACCAAGGUCCGCCGCCGCAUGCGGGAUAUGACCUGCACCAAGGAUGCCAGGUCUGACUCCGUGGCAGGGCCCUCGAUGGUGGUGGGCCGUGUGGCGUGUGAUGGGCGUCGUGCGUGUUUAGUGGACCUCUCCGCGCUCCUGCUGACGGCGCCCGCUGCUUGGGGUCAAGACUGUUCGGGCCAUGGAGUGACCUGGGGGCCUGGCAUUGGUCCUCCCCCGGCCGGCUGUGGGAGCGGAGGUACUGGGCCAAGUCCACCCCCAGGAGGCGGAGGUGGUGGAAGUGCCACAUGUCAGAACCCCUCCUGCAGCAGCCCACCGUGCGCGGCACCUCUGUUGGGAGAUGUCGGCUGCACGUCAGUGGCAGGAGCUGAGACCUAUGCUCAUGAGCUAUUGUCAGCUGGUGAUACGAUCAGCAGUGGAGCACACAUCUACGGCCCUUUUGAGGCUGGGUUCACUUCGCAGCAGGACAACAUCAUCCGCACAUGGGGCUGCUCUACUCCUUCAGUUGUUUACGACACGGAAGGUGGAACUGACAUUGGCAUUGCGGAGAGGAAGGUGGCGCAUGCUUGCGGCAUCGAAUUCCCUCGUCUUGAAGGCAACACAUACUUUGGCGUGGUCGGCCCGUGUGGAGGGCACGCCAAUGACUACCACUUCCACAAGAGCUUCAGCUGCUUGUAUGCCCAGUCGGGUGGUCAUUCGACCAAAGUCGGGGAUGUUGCCUCUCACGGCAUCUAUGGCAAGUGGGAAGACUAUGAUUUGAAGAGACUCCCAUUGCUGGAUGCAUGUGGUGCUCACAUUGGCCCGACACCGGACUCAUCAACGCCUGUGUACCACUACCAUGUUCAAGAUCAGGCCCCCUUCACAGUCGGGUGUCAUGGACCCAGCCAGAGUGGUGGUUUGGUGAGUGUCGCUGUGUGCCGAAGUUUGUAUUCGGACUGUGAUGAUGACGGUGGAAGUGGCACCACCAUCACCACCAAGACAGGCAACGUCCAGUACGAUCGCUUCUGCCCGUGCUUUGAUGCCUCUGGCUCCAACAUGGGUGGCAACAUUCAGGAGCUACCGGCUUUGAGCAGCAGCGAGAUCUAUUUCUCUUCUGUCAGCACCGUCAGCACCAGUUCGACUUCCAGCACAAUGGCAACAACUGCAACCACGACAACCACAACCGCAACGACAACAACGACAGCCUCUGCCAAUGGUGAUUUAAGCACUACAACAACCGCAGAGGCCCAGAAAUCAACCACCACUGCCUCACAAGCGACCAACGGUGAUGCAAGCACCACCAGCACUGGAAGCAGUGAGGAUCCAAGCAGCACCAGCAGCACUGCAGUGAAUGCUGGUGGCGCUUCGGCUGGUAGUAGCACCACAGCAUCAUCAAGCACCAUCCCAGACUCGAACGAAGAUUUGCGCACUACUGUGACCAGUGAAGCUUUGAGCAUCAGCAUGAGGAUAUUCUCCGUCCACGCGUGGACCUUCUUUGGAAUCUUCGUUUUGACUUACUGA